CCCGCGUGGAGCAGGCAGCUGUUUGAAGACUCUUGACCGUGUUUGUUUUAUUAAUCGUCUCGUUAAUGAUGAAACUCGGUGUAACGUGGGAGUGGACGGACAGCUUGUUGCGCAGCUCUCAGGUCAGCUGGUAGCAGCUCAGUGGCCACAGCUGGGAGCGAGUUUGUUGAAUCAUGCAUGUUGACAGCGGCACUAAACCACCAUGGUAGCUGCAAUAUACGACCACAAGCUGUCUGACGCUGCCCGGGAAUGAAUGAACCCGGUACACACGUUAAGACUGGGACCGCGUGAAGAAGAGUAAAGUUGGCAGUAUUUCUUUAGACACACCGCUUUAUCUUCAGCGUUUGCUUCAACACAGAAUUUCGCCUUUUUUCCAACCUAACAUUUUCCCGCACACUCGACGACUGCAGACAUAAAUGAUGAAGUUCAAGCCCAACCAGACCAGGACGUACGACGGUGAAGGGUUCAAGCGAAGAGCGGCGUGUUUGUGUUUUAAAAACGAGACAGAGGACGAGGUGCUACUGGUGAGCAGCAGUCGUCAUCCAGACCAAUGGAUCGUGCCAGGAGGAGGAAUGGAGCCUGAGGAGGAGCCGUGUGGGGCCGCCGUCAGGGAGGUGUAUGAGGAGGCUGGCGUGAAGGGAAAGCUUGGCAGACUACUCGGGAUCUUUGAGCAAAAUAAAGACAGAAAGCACAGGACGUACGUCUACACCCUCAUAGUGACGGAGACACUGGAAGACUGGGAGGACUCUGUCAACAUUGGAAGGAAGAGGAAGUGGUUCAAAGUUAACGAAGCCAUGAGGGUGCUGCAGAGCCACAAGCCUGUCCACGCAGAGUACCUACACAGGCUCACAAACACCUGUAACCCCACCUGCAGUCCUGUGUGUAGCCCGACUAAUGGCAACACCCCGAGCUCCCAAAUGACGGACAACAACACGCCUCACUAUGUCGUUUGCCCCACACAGGGCUUGGAUCGAGCCAACAGAUAGGACCGUCACCAGCAGCAAGCAGUUCUUCUGAGAGGACAUCAGGAUGGACAUGUGGGAAAGACUUUAUUACUAACGCAGCUUCUUAUUAUGUACAGUAUGGACUUCUUGAAGUUGAUUUGAAACCCAUUUUGAGAGUGCCAAAAUGUUUUCCAACUAUAUUUAAGAUUUUAUAUGUUCAUUUUUUAACAACUAUCACCAGCUAAUAGAGCAAAUGUGUCCCUUUAAAGUGUUCAGCUUUAGAUGGAUUUUUCAGUGUGCUGCUUAUGCAAUGUAAACGUCUUGUUUAGUCUUUGAAUGUUGGACUUGCAGUGCACGCAAGUGUUUGGGUGGUCUCCUGGGAAGUGUUUCCUCUUAGAGGAAGUUAUACCCUCACAGUGACUUUGUGCCAAAUAAUGCUCUUCUGGAAGAUGUUUUAAAGAGGAGUAGUGUUCGUGUGUAUGAAUCAUUUAUAACAGUUCAGUGUUUUAUGAAUUGUUACGACCCUCUUAGGUUGUAAAACUAAAUGUCGCGUCACUAUUACUCAAGUCUUGUGAGGUAUUUUGCCUUAAGAGAGCUGAGGGCAAAGUAUGCUAUGAUAUAAGUGUGAACAACAUUGCUCCUCCUGUAAUUACCUCCUCACAUGUACACACAGUAUCAUCUCUAAUCACUAGUAACAGUGUAACACUGUAAUAAAGAUUAGGCGAAUAUCUGCAAACCUGCCACCACGCUGAAAUGGAGACUUAAUCUUCUUCAAACAUUCUUUUGUUUUUACAUAUAGUUAAUGUCAGACUGUUAGAGGUGCAGUGUGUAGGAUUUAGGAGCAUCUGUUGGCAGAAAUGGUGUAUUAUAUUCAUAACUAUGUUUUCGCUCGUUCAUAAUCAACUGAAAAUGAGAAUUGUUGUGUUUUUGUUGCCUUAGAAUGAGACGUUUAUAUCUACAUAUGGAGAGCGUCCUCUUCCACAGAGUCCGCCAUGUUGUUUUACAGUAGCCCAGAAUGGACAAACCAAACACUGGCUCUAGAUGGGGCCUAUCAUGUUUUAGUGUCAGCCACUGUAGUUCUCCUACACACUUUACACCUAGGAGAAGUUUUAGUUCUGCAACCUCACCGCUAGAUGUCCUUAAAUUCUACACACAGGACCUUUAAAGGUAUGCUAUGCAGGAUUGUCGGUUACUGUUGUAAAUAUGAUCUCUAGAUUCGAUGCAUUUUUUCCGUGCUGUGUCUCCUGGUGUUUACCUUUUUUAUAAAACCGUGAGCGCUGUAGGGGAACACGUUCAUAAACGUCCCAAACACAUGAAAUAAGAAAGUACAGGCAGAUGGCAGAGUAUCUGCAGAAAAAUACACAGGAAAAUCCUGCAUAGUAUGACUUUAACUUGAAUAAAUUACAGCAUAUUGAUGCAGUCACAUAAAUAUCAGCUUUUAAACUUGCCUUUAAACUUGAAAAAACACGCCUGUGUCCUUUAAAUUCACCCACUCUAACAAACAGAGUGUAAGGAGUUGAUAAUUCUGUCUGAAUAUCAGGCAUAAUCAGCAGAUACUCAGUUGACAGAGACUGUUGAUCACCUGAGACGUCAACUCAUAGUCCACAUGUGGUCGGUUAAAUAUACUUUACUGAUUAUUUCCAAUUAAUAAAUGGUGCUGUUAUUAUUUUAAGCAGAAGAAUAAACAACUUCCCUUCA